GAUAAUUGUCUCCCACGCCCAUUGUUUGGAUUGUGUUCACGGUGUGUAUGAGCAAAAUAAGGUGUUAUAUUUGAGUGUCUUUCCUCGAAAAAGGGAUAUGUUAUUGAUCGAAUAACAGAUUUCAUCAAAAAGUGUGUAUACAUCAUUAUCAAUUACGAUGCCUCGUCGGUGUUGUGUUCCUGGUUGUAAGGGAAACUAUGAUACCACUCUGAAAGCUGAGGAUCCUGUCUCUACAUUUUCAUUCCCAAAAGAACAAGAGCUGUUGGAAAAAUGGAUCAGGGCCAUACCAAGAAAAGACUGGAUUCCUACAAAAAGUAGUGCAGUUUGUGCCAACCAUUUUUGUGACAGUGAUAUUGUGCGGUUCAGUGAAUUUACUUUGCCCAAUGGACAAAUAAAUAAAAUACCUCUGAAAUACCCCAAAUUAAACCAGAACGCUGUUCCAAGUAAGUUUUGCAAUCUCCCAAAAUAUCUAUCGCUUGAAACCAAAGCAAAAAGGACUGACCCCGAAAAAAGAAGAGAAGCCAUUAUCCAAAGACAAGAAGAAGGAAUUGAAAACUUUUUAAAAACUGAUAUCAUAUCUUCUUUCUCUGAUUUGAAGGAGAAUUUUGAAAAACAAUGUAUUUCUAACUGGGAAUAUAAACUACAUGACCACAACUUGUACUUUUACAACUUAACCAUCGGUGAGUGCUUGACAGUGAAUAAUACAAUUAAAAUUGAUGAGUCCCUACAUGUUAAGGUUUUUUUAAGAGGAAAUGAACUGACAGCAAGUGACCUAAAAUGGAUUUUGCCAUGUAAUUUAAAAUUAGAGAGAUGGUCACAGCUAAACAAUUUAUUAUCUCAUUAUAAUUCAACAAAUAAUUUUAAUGAAUCACUUUCAAUAAUGGACCUGCUUAACAGAGCAAUAGAAUUGAUAUCAAAAGCUUAUGUCAAAUGUGAAGAUGAAGCAUUUGCUUAACAAACAUCUUGAAUUAAUCAUUGACCAGUUGAAGCAAAUGGUUUUUAACAAAAAUCGGUAUUGUCCUGCAACAAUUAUCAUGUCAUUUAUAAUAUAUUCCCAGUCUCCAUCUUGCUACAAUGUUAUAAGAGACUUUUUUGUGCUUCCUCAUAAAAGAUACCUCCAAAGUAUCUCAUCAUCUUUACAUGUCUCACCUAGAGAUGAUAUGAAUAACAAAAAUUACUUGCUUAAUAUCUGUAAAGGGCUUUCUGAUAAUGAAAAAAUAGUAGCAUUGAUUAUCGAUGAAAUAUAUGUAUCAAGUAGGAUGGAUUAUAGAUCACAAAGUUUAGUUGGCUCUGCGGAAAAUGAAAAUUCUACUGGUGACUGUGAGUUUGCCAAAACAAUUGUAACAUUUAUGAUAAGUUCAGUCUUUGGUCAAAUGAAUGAAGUUAUAAAACUGUGGCCUGUACAUAAUGUUAAAGGGUUAGAACUAGCAAAAAUGACUAAAGAUGUGAUUGAUUUAGUCCAAGCCUGCAAUUUCGAAAUUAUAUGUAUAAUAACAGAUAACCAUUCAAUAAACAGAAUUAUGUUUAAAAAUCUCUCGCAUAAUGGAUUUUGGUUCUCCAAUCCAAAAAGUUCUGAAAAAAACAUAUUUCUUUUAUUUGAUUUUGUGCAUAUAUUCAAAAAUAUUUGGAAAAAUUGGAUCAACCUUAAAAACCUUCAUAAAACUUUUGUUUGUUAUGAUUUUACAAAUGACGAAUUGAAAUACGCAAAAUUUCAACAUAUUGAAAAUAUUUAUGAGAAAGAAAAGUGUUUAUUGACUAAACAAGCAUACAAAUUGAAUUUUAAAUCUUUGUAUGCUUGCAGACUCGCAUAACUCACAGAAGAAAAGAAAGAUGUGUACCUUUCAUAAAUGAGUUAACCUAUGUAUAUGAAAUAUUAUAUUAUAUUAUAUCUCAUUUAAGCUUAAGUUGUGUAGUUAAAAAUUGUGUUCUAGAUAGUAAUAUGUUGAUGCUCAAGGAAC